UAUUGUAUCUAUUUCCUCCUUUGCAAACACAUAUAUGUCAUAGAGCACGUUGUGUUCAUCAUAUUUCGACAUUUCAUUCUUUUUGAUGACGUUUCAAGCGAUUUUCUUUUAUUGUGAUUGAAGCUCUGGGAUACCAUAAAAAGCAAUUGUCCUUACGAUGACUCCGCCAAAAGAGAUGAUGCGAACAAGUAUAUAAGAGUAUCACUGAAGUCAGUUGAUAACUGGAGGACUCACGUAAGAGAUGCCGAUCUUUAAUGAUAAAAUUUAGAUAAUUGCAAGUUGGAUAUUAAAAGUCACUUUAUAUUAUAUAAUAGGACAUUCAUUCACGUGAAUAUAUGAACUAUCCUUUCCGAAGCCAUUCACAAAAUACGUACAUGUGAUAUCGCACUCUGCGACCUUGUCGUAUUCUUCUCAAUGCAGUUUUCUGCGUUUUCGGUGUUGUUAUAGAUAGACCUAUUAAACAGCUAGUACUCUUUUCAAAGCGAAUUUAUCUUGUAAAUUAUUAUGGAUGAAAAAAGUUUUAUGUUAUUCCAACUUGUGAUGAAAUGAUGUACGAUGUACGAUGGUAUAAUAUAUCUCUCACUUUUACCACAGCAAACACAUAUUCACUUCUUUUUAUAACUUCAACAUAUAACAAAGUUUCUGUCCGAAAUGAGCACCUAUCACAAACUGGAGGCAUAGCAUUUUUAAUAUUUAAUGUACUCUUCGGUGAAGCAAUAUGUGGUUAUACACUCGCAUCGCAAGCAUGCGUUAUGAUCAUUUUCGCAACAGACCGCUGAAAACAGUUUUCUUCGCAUAAAUUCGCAUUAAUCUCUAGCAUGGAUAUAUCUACAUAUCCAAGCUAUAAAGACUUUGUGUGGGCUGUUGAAUUAAAUCGAUACGGUUUGGAGUUGGUCGGUUUAUGGCCACCAAUCAACAAAGCAGCCAAAACUAGCUACAUAUCCAAUCUUCGUGCUUACAUUAUUUUCAUCAUUAUAACGUUUGUUUGUGUUAUUCCUCUCAUAUGUUCUCUUAUACGAGUUCUGAAUAAUAUAAUACUUGUGAUAGAUAACUUGCAAGUCACACUACCUAUGAUGGUGGUUUUAUUAAAAAUUAUUAUUAUGCGAUGGAAACAAACAGCUCUCUUAUCCAUCUUAAACAUGAUGGCGAAUGACUGGAUAGCAUUCAAGGUAGAUGCACAGAGGGAUGUAAUGAUGAAGUGGACACGAACUGGCCGAUUGAUCAUAAUUUGCGGUUACAUGAUGAUAGGAUGUCCAGCGAUUGUGGCCAUCGUUUUUCCAUAUUUUGGUUUACCAUUUAGGCGAUUGUCGAAUCUUACGGAUAGCGAUAAGCCAUUGCCGCUACAGGGAUAUUACUUCUACGACACAGAUUUGAGUCCACAAUUCGAGCUGACAUUUAUUAGUCAAGCUAUAAUGAUAAUCCUGGCAGCCGUUAUUUAUACAUCAGUAGACGCCCUCCUUGGACUGGUGAUCCUGCACACUUGUGGCCAGUUGGAGAAUUUCAAAUAUCAAUUAGCCAGUAUGGCAACGUCCGAAACUUUUGAUGGAUCUUUACGUAAUAAUGUGAUCACUCAUAUACGACUUAUCAGAUUUACCAAUAAAAUCGAAGAUAUAUUCGCUCCGAUGAUGUUGGGGUUGGUAAUUUACUUUGGUAUCGUAUUUUGUCUGUAUGGGUUUCUGCUACUCAAUGUGAUGAUGGAUGAACAAAUGAGUGAGGUACCUUUUUCACGAAUAUGCUAUGUGAUAGUUGGUGUUAUUAUUCUAUUAGCACACACAUUUCUCUACUGCGGUGCUGGAGAGCUUAUAACAGAACACGGUGAUGCAGUAUAUCAAGCUAUAUAUGAUCUUGAUUGGUAUAAGUUGGACUCAAGGAACUCAAGGAGUCUUAUGUUAUUAAUGAUACGCGCUAGCAAACCGUUUCGCAUCACUGCAGGAAAAGUGAUACCGUUAACAAUGGCUACUUUUUGCAGCUUAUUAAAAACAUCGGCUGGAUAUACAUCGUUUUUAUUAGCAAAAUAUGGUUAAAGGAUACGCAAAAAUCACUAAUUUAGUUUAUUACAUAAUGAAAAUGGAAUUAGCGUCCAAUAUUUCCGAUAAGAGCGGAUAAAAGCGAACUAGGCAAGGAUAAAAACUGAUAGUGUUAUUAGCUAUGUUAAAAAUAAAUAUUCAUGAAAAUUA